GCAACCCUGCCCCCGGUUGUUUGUUUGUGAGGGAAAGUGAAGAGAAGAGAGUAAACAGGCUGUUUUCCUGCUGCUGCUCGGAUCGAAAUGUCCCUGCGGUACCUCAGCAAGGUGGUUUUAGUGACCGGAGGCUCGAAAGGCAUCGGCAGAGGCAUCGUGAGGGUUUUUGUGCAAAAUGGGGCCAAAGUGGUGUUUUGUGCCAGAGGAGCAGCUGCAGGUGAAGCUCUGGAGGCGGAGCUGAACCAGUCAGGACCAGGAUCCUGUAAAUUCAUCUGCUGCGACGUUUCCAAGGAGGAAGACAUCAAGAGGCUGGUGGCCACCGCCGUGCAGCUCCACGGACACAUCGACUGCCUGGUCAACAACGCGGGCUGGCAUCCUCCGCACAAACCCACGGACCAGACCACGGCGCAGGAGUUCAGGGACCUCCUGGAUCUCAACCUGGUCAGCUACUUCCUGGCCUCCAAGUUGGCGUUGCCACACCUGCGGCGGCAGCGGGGAAACAUCAUCAACGUCUCCAGCCUGGUCGGCGUCAUCGGGCAGAAGGACGCCGCGCCGUACGUGGCCACCAAGGGGGCGAUAACCUCCAUGACAAAGGCCAUGGCUGUGGACGAGAGCCGCUACCACGUGAGAGUCAACAGCAUCUCUCCGGGAAACGUUCUGACGCCGCUGUGGGAGGAGCUGGCCGGCCGAACGCCAGACGCCGCUCGAGCCAUAGAAACGGGGGAAAACGCUCAGCUGAUGGGUCGGAUGGGGACGGAGGCCGAGUGCGGACUGGCUGCUCUGUAUCUGGCUGCUGACGCCACGUUCUGCACCGGCGUCGACCUGCUGCUCAGCGGAGGAGCCGAGCUGGACUACGGCUUCAAGAAUCAGAUCCCAUCCUGAACUCCUCAUCCUCCUCUUGCUCCUCUUCCUCUUCCUCAUUUCAUUCACUAAUUUUCACAUGAGCCUCAAAGAAUUAGUCUGAAUCACUAAAUAGAGUUCACCACUUACAUAUCCAGUUCUAAAUCCCACAGGGGUCUAAAAGGUGUUAAAAUACCCUGAAGAACAUUCAAAGUGACAAUCAGGUCCUGUUUACACGACGAUGUUUUCAAGUGAAAACACCAAACUUUCACUGUGUUUUGGGUUAGGGUUAGGGGUUCCUAAUCCACAACAGAAGAACUUGACGCUACUGAAAAGGCAACGUUUUGAAAAGGUUGCGACUGCGUUUCUGUGUAAACGUCAUAAAACGCAACUUUUCUGAAACGCUGCUCCUGGAAAUGCUCGCCACAGCUGCUCUGCGCAUGCUGGUCACUACAUACAUACAUAUGUCCGUUUGCUAACAUUGUUGAAGUUUAGAGUAUUUUGUUCUCUGAGCACAUAAUUUAAUCAGGUGAUUAAAACAUGCAAAACAACAAGAGUGAUGACAAGGAGAUGCUAACACUGCAAUGAAGUGGUAGAAAAUUCCCAGAACAUAACACUACAGCAAGAUUUCUGCACAUUAAAUCAACAUUAAAUCAACAUAGAGCAAACAUACAUUAAACUAGUCCAAAAAUGUUCAUUUGGUCUUCAAAGUUAGAAUCCAAAUUGAAAGUUCUUUUUCACAGAUCAAUGUGGUAUUUGUUUGUUUACCUGGUCUGUGAAAAAUAACUUUCGAUUUGGAUUAUACAUUAAACUACCUUAUAGCAAGAAAAAACUCACAAUGUGAAAGUCGAUCAUAGAGACGCACAGUAUAGUUAUCUACAGUUACAGACAAAAAUGACACAAAAAAGGCAAAAGAAACUAUUCACUGCUCUCUUUUCAUUAAAAUACACCUGAGCUUUAAUUUAGUCUGAAACAUUUCGAAUCAUGCUUAACUUUCAAGAGUAACCUGUCUAGUUUGGUUAACGGAUUUUAAAAGAUCAUCCCAUAUAUUUUUGGUAUCAGUGAUUGUUGUCUAACCAGCUCUGCAUCACGCCCCUCUCCUCGACCAAUCAGCGUCUCCCAUUCUUCUUUUCAGCCAAUCAGAUGCGGGGAUUUCGUCCCGCCUUCAAAUAAACGUAAAUAAAUACAAACUGACACUGUACCAACAGAUUGACUUAAAUAAAUCAUUUUUUUGUUCC